ACUUGUCGAGAAACGGGUGGCGCGGUUAGCAUGUGAGCUAGCUCGCUGAAGGAAUGGUUCUGUAGACCGAGACGCCGCCAUGUCUCACAUUUCUGUAAAUUAUGUGUUGUUAGGCGGACAGUUUUUCUUGCUCGUCACGGUGUUGUUUUUGCAAUGCCUGGAAGGGAUUCUCUCUGAAAAUUCCACCACACCCGGAAGUAGAGCGAUAACAACAGCCAACACUAUUACAACCGUCACAACAACAACAACAACUACAGUCACAUCUCCGUUCGCACAGCAGCCUGACGAAAAUGUCACGGAUAAUAACUUGACAAUAACAGAGGCGUUAAACCGCACGGAGCAGUACGAGUACAACCCUCCAUCUCCGGUGGUCCUGUGCCGCUUCCUUCCUGAGGAGUUUAUAUACUGCCGAGAUCCUGUCGAUCACGACGGAAACCACACAGCCUUACUGGAGCUGGGACACGGCUGUGUAAAGAUUGGAAAUCAAGGUCAGGUGUACAAUGUGUCUCACACUAAAGUCCUGUGCACAGCGCUGGACGGCAUCGAGUGUGCCGGGGCUCGAGAAUUCCUCCGAGGGGAAGAACCGUGCAUCAAAACGCAGCGCAAAAGCCCCCACAGAUGGCUCCGUGACCGUGUGCACAAGGUGCCACUAGAGGGAAGUCUAGUACAGGAUUAGGAUCGAACCCACCAUCACGAAGGGUGGUUUUUGAAACCCAAGUCCAUCUUCGCACUUCUUUUUAAGGUAAUAGCUACAUAUUUCAUGUCCUAGGGGUUUAAUUAUGCAGCCCGCUUGUCUUUUUCCUUCCAUGUACAAUUUGCGCUGCGAUGCUGAUGAGGUCAGGAAGCGCAGCCAAAAGCGCUCUCCUCCAAGUUUUCCAUCAAGUCCAAAGCAACUAAGCACUGUAGAUAUCCAGUGGAUCAGUGUAUAAAUAGUGUUUAUGUAAGCGAGUGAACGCGCCACACCGAUACACACCACACUUCGCGUGGAUCUCAAGAACGAUGAUGUUGGCGGGAGGUCACAUGACAUGACAUGACCAUCAUGACUCACUGUUAGUGUUUAAAUGCUGAAAUGCACUUCACUUCCUACUGCAUAUUUGUUCUUGAGAUAUAAUUUCUCAAAGUACUGUACGUUCCAAACAUGAGCGUAUUCAAGGCUGAUUAGUGUUUACUAUAAUAGCUGGUCCUGGAUCAGGGUUGAAGUUUGCUACUCUGCUGUAUUCA